AUGAAUAUUCUCCAUUCCACACUCUCCACUUGGAGAGACCGUCUUGCCCCAGUGUCCCGCACCUCCACCUUUCGCAACACCGGCCAGAUCACUCCCGAGGAAUUCGUUCUCGCAGGCGACUACCUUGUCUACAAAUUCCCAUCGUGGUCAUGGGCCGACGCCUCUGGCCCUGCAAAGCGCGUUUCCUACCUGCCCCCCGGCAAACAGUUUCUCGUCACUCGAGGUGUACCCUGUCACCGCCGACUGAACGACAACUUCGCUGGUGAUGCAGGCCAUGAUGAUGAACUUGUGAGGGACAUGCUGUCUGGGGGAACAGGCGGUAAUGAUGAUGACGGAUGGCUACGAACUGGCGGAGGUCAGGAUUCUGCGGACCGACAAGAGAAUAGGAUAAAGGAUGUACGAACAGUGGAUGAGUCAGGGAACAUGGGAGAACGAGAGGAAGAAGAGGACGAAAUACCUGAUAUGGAGGAUGAGGAUGAUGACGAAGAAGCUAUUAUCAGAGAACCGACAUCCAGUACCACGCAGCCGACGCGUACUUAUAAUCUUUACAUCACAUACUCUAACUUCUAUCGUACGCCACGUCUUUACAUGUCCGGUUACCUCUCACCAUCUGAGCCUCUUCCCCCACACCUGAUGAUGGAGGAUGUUGUGGGGGACUAUAAGGAUAAAACCGUUACCCUCGAAGACUUCCCAUGGUACGAUGGCAACGUCAAAAUGGCCAGCGUACACCCAUGCCGACACGCUUCGGUGAUGAAGACACUCCUCGACCGUGCAGAUGCAGCGCUGAAACUCCGCCGCGAAAAGCUGAAGAGAGCUCAGUCUGACCCAUCCAAGGUUCCCUCGGCCGGCGAAAGCGGUCUGGAGGGUUUAGUCGAUGACAUCAAGGCGCUCUCCCUGAGUGAUCAACAACAGCAGGGCAGUGAUAAGAGCGGCGGGGAUGAGUGGGAGGUUUUACAGCACGAUGAAGAAGAACAGGUUGCCAUCAGGGUGGAUCAGUAUUUGGUUGUUUUCCUAAAGUUCAUUGCUAGUGUGACACCAGGGAUUGAACACGAUUUCACGAUGGGAGUAUGA